AUGAAUAGUAUUCGUCAGAUUCAAGAGCUUAAUAGACGUGAAUUGGAGAAUGGAGUUUCUCCGUCCGCCUCGUGGCAUACGGAUUAUCGCGACACAGCUUACAUCUACAUAGGCGGCCUUCCUUUUGAGCUCUCCGAAGGCGAUAUCCUGACUAUAUUCUCACAAUAUGGCGAGCCUACAUAUAUAAAUUUAAUACGGGACAAAGAAACCGGAAAAUCUAAAGGGUUUGCAUUCUUGAAAUAUGAGGAUCAGAGGAGUACGGAUUUAGCUGUCGACAAUUUAGGAGGUGCGGUAAUUGCGGGUAGGACGCUGAAAGUAGACCAUACGAGGUACAAGAGGAAGGAGGGAGAGGAAGAUACUGGAAUGGAUUUGAAUGCGGAGCUGGAUAGAGAAGGAGAUGAGAGGCGGAAGAGGAGAAGGACCAGUGGGGGGAGUGAGGAUAGCGAAGACGAAGAAGAGCAGAGACCAAUGCUCAAAGAGGAGAGGGAAUUAGCGCUGCUAAUCAGAGACCACGAUGAGGACGAUCCGAUGAAAGCAUUUUUGAUUGAGGAGAAGAAGGAAGAAGUCGCAAAAGCACUGGCAAAGGUCAAAGGAGGAAGCAAAUCUGAGAGGUUUGAAAAGAGCAGAAAGCAUAGACAUCACCAUAGGUCUAGGCGAAUUAAGGAUGAGGAAGAUUUGGAUGAUGGCCAUCGAUCUCGGCAUAGGUCUCAUGGCCAUGAUAGAGACCGGGAUCGAGAUCGCGAGUCUAGGAGAAGAUCCCCAGACGAUGAUGGAAAAGAAAGGAGGACACGGCGAGAAAGAUCAAGGGAGGAUGAGGGUGAUAAAUUCAGUUCUCGAUCACGGAGAGAUAAAGAAGAAGAUGCGCCAAGGCGUCGUGAUUAUGAACGAGAUGGUAGGCACAAGGAUAGGACCAGUGAGCGACGAGAAAAAAGAGAUGAUUCAAGGGGGUACGAACAUGAUAGACGGAGGCACUAG